CACUUCAGUGGUGAUUUUUUUUUUUUUGUAUUUAACUUCAUUCAUUUUUUCGCAAGAAGAUGCAAAUACUAGCAUUAUUUUUUAUAAAUUAAAAACACACAUCUCAAUCGUUUAUUCCCUCAUAAAUAUUAAACAAACUCAAGAGUGAUUGUGUGUCUGUCUCUCAAUAAUAAAAUUCCCAUCAUUUCAUUUUUUACACAAAUGAAAAUCAAAUAUAAAUUUGAUUGAAAGAAAAAAUCGUCUCUAAUUAAAAGUUGGAAAAAAAGAAGCGAAAAAAAAUUGGAAAAUUUUUUGUAUGUUCCUUCCUCUCUAUCUCUAUCUCCAGUGAAGAAGAAAAAGUAAAAAAAAGUUGUGUUGUGUGUGUGUUUUUGGUUUUUCCUCCAUUUACAUAAAUUUUUUUAUUAUUUUUUGACAAAUAAAUAGAAAAAAAAACACAAAAUUCGUUGUGUGUGAAAGAAAAAAAUCAAAUUCAAUUAAAAAAAUGACUUCCACAAACAGUAAUUGCAACAGCAACACAACCAGCAACAGCAUCAUCGAAGCCGAAUACAAUGAAAUCGAGUCAAAAGGCCGAAAUGCCUGGCACAUUACUUACCAGGAUAUACGAGAAAAAAGCGAAAAAGAAGCAAAAGAAAAACAUUUCUAUACAAUUGAAUCGGAAAAGUCUCAGAAUCGUGGUCUAAACAGAUAUCGAGAUGUAAAUCCUUAUGAUCACUCACGAAUUGUUCUUCACAGAGGAAAAGUUGAUUACAUAAAUGCAAAUUUGGUUAAAUUGGAAAGAGCAGAUCGUAAAUAUAUAUUGACACAAGGUCCACUUGGCGAUACAGUUGGUCAUUUUUGGCUUAUGAUCUGGGAGCAAAAAACAAAAGCAAUACUAAUGUUGAAUAAACUAUUGGAAAAGAAACAAAUCAAAUGUCAUCAGUAUUGGCCUGAUAAAAAGGGCGCUGACAAUGCAAUGAAAUUAAUUGAAGUUGGCCUUGCCGUUGAGUAUUUAAGAUGUGAAGAGUACAAAAACUUUUCCCGCCGAUGGUUUAGACUGACAGAUUUAGAAUCAAUGCAAAGCCGUGAGAUUAUACAAUUCCAUUAUACGAAUUGGCCUGAUUUUGGUAUUCCAAGUUCACCAGUUGCGUUUUUACAAUUUUUAAAACAAGUAAGAGAUUCGGGCGCCUUGGAACCGGAUGUUGGACCAGCUGUUGUACAUUGUAGUGCUGGUAUUGGACGUUCUGGGACAUUUUGCCUAGUGGAUUGCUGCUUGGUUUUGAUUGACAAAGAAGGUGAAGAUAAGGUCUCUGUGCGAGAUGUUUUAUUUGAAAUGCGAAGAUAUCGCAUGGGAUUAAUACAAACAGCAGAUCAAUUAUAUUUUUCAUAUCAAGCAAUCAUUGAAGGUGUGAAGCUUCUCAAAGAUCCGAGCUUUAUGGAUUAUGAUGAAAUACCGAAUAUACCAAAGGAUGAACCUUUGGACGAAACCCCACCGCCUCUGCCGCGUCGUACACAUUCAUUGCCAAUUGGCAAUGGUGGCGCUGCAAUUGUUAACAGCAAACCCCUUCCAACCAUACCGAGCAGUGAAAGUUGCAUUGAAGGCUUUGCCGAUUUCAAAAACAAAGACGCUAUCAAUAAUUUCAUAAAUUCCGAAAAGAAUUCAUUAGAAUCAUCUACAAAUGCAGACAAAGCUGCACCAACAACAAAUACUAUAGAUCAUCGACCACUACCACCGAUACCCAAACAACAACAAAAAUCCCCUGAUGAUUGCGAAUCACAAAGUGAUGAUGACAAUGAUAUCUCCGAAAUUAAUGACGAUGACAGUGACGAUGAUGCUGGUGGCAAUGAUAAUAAGGAUUAUGAGAAAUUAACAAAUGACAUGAACAAACAAUCCAGAGAUAAAUCAACGUCGAAUCUAAUAGAUGACAAUAAUCAACAGUUGGCGAAAUCAAAUGGCAUUGAAAUGAGCAGUCCUAGCUUUGAAAAUGAACUCAAACGCCGAAAACGAGCCGAACGGCAGGCAAAUAUUGAACAAAAAGUCAAUGAUAUCAAAAGAAAGCAGCGCGAAGUCAAGGAGAGCGAAGAGACGGCGAAAAAACGAAGACUGAUUAAAAAAAUGAAAAACAAACAAAAAUAAGCAAAGUUUUAGAACAAAGGGAAAAAGCUUAGAGCAGAACUACACUAUAUUAUUGAGUCGAGGUUCUAACCUUUUCAACUUAAAAUGUACUAUAUUUUUAUUUAAUUUAAACAAAAAAAAAAUAUAAAUGAAAGUUUAAACAAAACAAAAAAACUCAUUUGUUAUUCGUACACAAAAGCAUUAAAAACACAAAGAGAUAUAUGAACAAACAAAAAAAGAAGUAAAUUUUAAACUUAAAUUAUAUCUUGAAUGGCAAUAUAUAUAUAUAUGAAAAAGCAAAUAACGGUUCUCUUUGAAAUAAUAUACAUAAAUACAUAACUUUGAUUAUGUUUCUACAAUUUGGUUGUUUCAAAAAGGCAGUGUUUUUCUUUUUAUGUUUUUUGAAAUUAAAUUAUAAACACGUUGUAUACGUAGAUUGAAUUUAUUAAUUAAUAUUGAAUAAUGUAUUAUGUUGAUAAAGAAAAGAAACAAAAAAUAUAAAAUAAAGUUUAUUUUUUCUUAUUUUUGUUGUUAAACAUGGUAACUAAAAACGAAUGUUGUGAUACAGAUUACAUUUCCUUUAAAUUUCUUUUUUGUUGUUAUUAAUCAUCUUUAAAAAAAAAUCUUUUAUUUUGCUUCAUAUAUUUUAUCACUAUUUUUUCCUUAGAAGAAUAAGCAGUUUAUUUUUUUUCAGUGUUCAUUUGUGGCUAAGAUUUUUUUUUUUGUCUUGUAUACAAAUUAUAUAAAAGGAUAUCCUUGUACCUACACCUUUCGCAUAUCACAUAAAUAAAAAAAAUCCAUAAGUUUAUACUGACGGAUUUAAACUUUGUCAAUAAAAACUAUUAUCAGUUAAUUUUAUUUGUCACACAAUUUGCUCUGCUGCAAUAUUUAAAAUUGAAAGAAGAUUUUAAUAACGUGUAAAUUUUGUCAUUUUGCCAAUUGACAUAUAUAACAUAUUUUAAAAAGCGUAGACUAUGAACAUUUUUAUAGGCAAUCACUUGAAGAUGGAGCUGCAUCUUAGAUAUUCCAGUAGAGUCCUAUGACUUUUAUAUACGAACCUGACCUUGGGGGUGAAAAUAACUACAAAGUGUGAAGUUCUUUACCUGACAAUGGUAGGCAGUGUUUUUCAUUCAAAAAUGGUUUAAUUUGUUUACAUAAUCUCCGUGGAAAUACUUGAUCCAGCUGUAGAAUUUCUUACCGGAAGUGAGAGUCAAGGUUUUCAAAAUAUUCAUUCACGGUUCAUUCCACUUCUUCAUCAAGCUGGUUCUGAAUUUCAAAAUUUCAAUUGAAAUUAUAAUUUCAAUAACAAAUACAAAUACAAAUACAAUAUAAAUACAAAUUUGCUUUACAUUUUUCUAAAAUGAGUUAUAUGUACAGCGUUGAUCCUCAACGCCACAAUUACUUGGAACUCAAAUAAGAGUAGUGGCACCGAAUUCAUCAUUCAAAUUAUCGAGUUCAUGCAAUGCUGAAUGAAUUUAGAGGACAUAUGGAGAGUAUGUCUAUGUUUGCCUUAGAGAACAAAAAUAUGAGCAAACUGAUUUGGAGAAAGCAGCCUGACUAUUUGAGAGAAUGCGUUUAGCCAAGUUUUUCUUUAUUGACAGGAUACAGUACAAUGCUUAAGAAGGUGGAAUGAGAAACUCAGAUUCAUGUAAAAAAUUUUUGUUUCUAAGCCAACUUUAAAGGAAUAAUGAAAAGAAUAUUUUUACCAAGAACAAACUGGUUGUUAUAUCAAGCAACCAAUAGAAAUAUUGAUCCAUUGAGAGAAUGCUUUUAGAAGAAUAAAUAAUAACAUUUUGUUGCUAUAUGCCUCAUGAAGCGGAAGUCUACUGAGCUUUACAAUGGUAACUAUCAGUUUCACACUUUUAAAACUCCUAAACGAUUUUAAAAAAGAAAUUUUUUUCGGAAAAACUUUUUUUUGUCACAAUUCGUCAAAGUUGUGAUCUCACUUCGAUUAAUUUAACAAAUCUCAAAUCUCUUCAUUGGUGUGCAAUAAAAAUGACAAGAAUUUAGGUCUUGCAGUAGAGCGGAAAAAUGGGAAGAAUGUUCAUUUUUAUUUUCCUGACAAUAUUAUUGAAUUGUUUUAGGUAAAUUAUCAGAAAUUAUUAUCAGUUUUAUUACCUCUUAUCUACUACUCAAAGUCUUAAAGUGCCAAACAAAUUAUUGGUCUACACUGAUGAAUUAAAAUUUUGUUAAAAAUGUUUUAGUUCAAACAAAAGUUUGUAGUUGUACCUUCGAAAAUAGCGUAUGCGAUUAAAAGAUGACGGACAUUUAUGUAUGCAUAACUAACUCCUCCCAAAAUAAGGGAGUCGUCGACUGCUGUCUAAUUAUCGCGUACGAUUAUCUACGAUCUAUCUUAACAGUUGAAAAAGAGUCUACAUUUGAUCGUAAUCUUAUGUCGUAGUUCAAUCCCUAAGUUCAAAAGUUCUUCAAAAAAAAAAAAACCAUUCAGAUUAAACCUUUUUAAGCUGAUCCUUCGCAAAACUACAAUCUUUUGUUCGAAAGAAUAUUU